UUAUUAAAUUGUGUUGUUUUUUUUUAUUUUAUUUUAAGCAUAUAUUAUGUAUACAUUGGGAAUGAAAGGCCUCAUCGUUGGUGCUCAUCGUUUAUGGUCCCACCGAUCUUACAAGGCAAAAUGGCCGCUUAGAAUUAUACUUGUCGUUUGCUACGCUUCGGCCGGCAUGAACAACCUUUAUGAGUGGGUGCGAGAUCAUCGGGUGCAUCACAAAUAUGUGGAUACGGACGCAGAUCCUCACAGUAGUAAACGAGGAUUCUUUUACUCCCACGUAGGCUGGCUGAUGAUGAAGAAACAUCCGGAGAUGAUCCGAAGGGGUCGUCAAGUCGAUAUGAGCGAUAUAUUGGCCGAUCCUAUCGCCGAAUUUGAUCGCAAAUAUCAUUCGAUACUCAAAUUUAUCUUCGCUUUCCUGCUUCCGGUGAUGGUGCCUGUGUACGGAUGGAAUGAAACAUGGUCUAGAGCUUUCGUAUCACAGAUUAUUCGUUAUACUGUCAUAUUAAACGCCACUUGGACCGUGAAUAGUGUGGCUCAUCUCUGGGGCUCAAAGCCAUACAAUGCAUACAUAAAUCCAACAGAAAAUUGGUGGGUUAGAAUUACAACGGGCGGUGAAGGAUGGCACAAUUAUCAUCAUGUCUUCCCGUGGGACUACAAGGCUGCCGAGUUUCAUAAUUAUUUCAAAUAUAAUCUUGCCACGUUAUUCAUAGAUUCGUACGCGAUGAUCGGAUGGGCGUACGAUCUGAAACAACCGUCACAGGAGCUCGUGAAAACUAUCGCAAUGAGAAAGGGUGAUGGGAGUCAUUCCUUGCGGAGUGCUGUGCCCACAUCCAGCCAAUAAAAUUGAAUAACAAAAACUAUGACUAUUCGGAUGCAAUAAUUUGAAAAACGACUGUCGUUAACUCGUUGCUCAAAUGACCGUUAUCGGGGGCAAUCCGGAAGAUCUGGGAUUCAUUUCUUCCUGUACCGGGGCCCUUGACGUUCAACGGGUUAUUAUUAAACUUUCUUUCUCGAUCUUUUGAUUUCACGGGGCUCAUCAAAUCAAGGUAUAUUCAGCUCACUUUUCAUCUUGAGAGCAGUUCUUCUCUACGUCAGCAACUGACGGGUGUGUCAUCGACGGGGGGACUUUGCUCUGAUAAAAUCGGUGGUCUAGUUAUUUCUUACUUGAUCGUUGACUUGAACCACGAAAUUUCUCGGAUUUUUUUCUAUAAUGAGAAUAUUUAGUAAUAAAAAAUUAAUUUUUUGCAGUUUUUGCACUAAUCAAAUUCCUGAUUUAAAAGUAGUGAAUUUUGAUAUUAUUAUACUUAUUUCGAACGCCUUCGUGUAAUCUGGCAUUAGUAAAAUAUCUCAAAUGUAUGCAUUUUUAAUAUAAAUGAAAGUAUAUAAAUAUCUCGAAUUUCUUU